GCAGCGGCGUGAUGGACCAGCCAGCUCGUCCUUCCGUCUCCCGUCCACGGGCUCGAGUGCGCCCGCCGCCGCCGGAGGCGCUGCCUAUUGCGGGCUUCGACGACGAGCUGUACGACUGCCUGGACUACUACUACCUGCGUGACUUCCCGGCUUCCGGAGCUGGCCGCAGCAAGGGCCGGACGCGGCGCGAGCAGCAACUGCGCACCAACCACCCGGUGCCCGGCGGCCACGAGCGCAAGGUGGCGCAGAUCCUGAUCAACGCGCAGCGCAAGCGGCGCCAACGCCAGCUACAACCGCGGCCGCGCACGCGCCUGCCCUGAGAGGGAAACCUGAAAGACCUCUUAAAAGUAUUUUCGCCCGCCACCGAGUUCCUCCAUGUUGGUCAGCAGGCCUUUUUUGACAGUUUUUAAGCUUACCGCUUCAAUCUUUCCUUCCUCACUAAUUAAUUAUUAAGGAAGUAGUUUCCCAGUGGGUGUGCCUCUUUAGGGUUUUCAAUUAAAAGAGAACAAGAAUGCAUUUUAACUCUUCUGCGUUUCCUCCCUCCCCCUUCCCCCACCCCCUCCCCCAACUUAGGUUUGUCCUGUCCCCUUGCCCCCACACCCCUACCCCGGCACCCAGGUGGUAACUGGUUGCCAGUAAGUGCUUGGACUGUAAAGUGUGAAGAAGAGAUCACAAGGCUGGGGAGAUAACUCAUUUGCUAAAGUGAUUGCAACCAAAGCCUGAGUUUGAUCUUGAAAAGCCAUGUUUUUUAAAAAGCCGGUACA